CCGCGAGCCUAGUGCCUAUUGGAGGAAUAUACGAAAUAUUUGUAGUUUUACGGUGCCUUCGACGGUUGUAGAAAUCCUGUCUGUCUAACGCUCGCUCUUCUCUGCGGACUUCUUUGAAACAAACACACUUCAGAGCUAACGAUUUCCAAUCUCUGCUCCUCCUGGCACAGCACCAACAGCAGCAUCAACGGCAACGCGCGCAAACACUGGAAUCUCCGACGGCAAUCUCAAAGGAAUACUUUCUGAACUAAAGUCAGACGCAGAGGCCAGCGCGGACCGCGAGUGCACUCUCCAGCGACCGGCACAGUCCAGGAAGAACAGGACAUAACAGGACAGAACAGGACAGGGCAGGACCUCAUCAAGACACGCCUGUAAAGCGACAGCCCCAAGAUGGCGGCCUUCAUAGCCAAGCAAAUGGUUGGAAACCAAUUAAGUGCCGUUAAAGAUGCUGCAGGCGGCGGAGGUGAUGGCGGCGAUGAUGGCGAUGACAAGGAAAAGGCAGAGGAGGAGGAGAGGGAGCGUCAGGAGGCCAUCCGCGAGGCCGAGGAUCGGCGCAAGGAGAAGCACCGGAAAAUGGAGGAGGAGCGCGAAAAGAUGAGGCAAGACAUUCGCGAUAAGUACAACAUCAAGAAGAAAGAGGAAAUCGUUGAGGCGGCACCGCAAGAAGAGCCCAAUCCUCUGAUGCGGAAAAAGAAGACGCCCGAGGAACUGGCCGCCGAGGCGGAGCAGGAGGAGCUCGACGAUUUCACAAAACUGAAAAAUCAAAUAGAAACGCAAGUAAAUGAGCUAAAAACUCAAAUAGAGGGAAAAUGUGUCAUGCAGUGAUAUGUCAGUCAUCAUAAAAGCAAAAUAAACAAACAAAAAUAAAACAAACAAAACGUAUAAUAGUACCACAAGUAACAAUUCAAAUAAAACCUAACCGAUUAACGAUGAACGAUAAAUGAUGAACGAUAAACGAUGAACGAUGAAAUUUAUUUAACACAUCCCGAACUUGAAUUUGUUAAUACUUAUGAGAUCCGUUGAGUUUAAUCAUUGGAACCGCAAUCGAAACGAAUAUAAGUCCUUAGAAAGCUAGCCCAAUGCUAGCUCGUAACGUAACCCGGCAGCAAUAAUCGAGAUAAAUCGAGCGAUGCAAUCUACAAUUGAGUUUUUGGCAAAGCCUCCAAUGCGGUGUACUAAAGCGUACAAAUAAUAUAUUAACAGCUAAUACAUAUAUUUCGGCUAACGAAAUAAUGAAGGAGACAUGCGAAUGCGAUUUAAAAUGCGAACAGGACGGUGAACUCCUAAGGAACUUUAAGGUAGCUAAAGCAUAAACCGAAUUAUUUAAAACCAAAAAUAGUAAACGCCUUUAAUAAUACAUAUUCAAAUCACUUUGCUUCGAUGAUAAUGUAAUAUACUCAACCCCAAUAUACAAUACAUAACCGUUGUUUAGUUGAUAACAUACAAUAAAUUAACGAAACGAAACUAAAUGAAACUAACGAAACAGCGGCACUCGUACGAUGCAAAACCAAAUCGAAACUAAAAGAAUAAAUCUAAAAACACAAAUAAAGAAAAU